AUGUCAUCGCAAAAUCUGACGUUAAACGUGCAUUUAAGUGAAGAAAAAAGUUUGGGUGAAUAUUAUUAUUUAGUAAAUGGAAAUUAUGAAUAUUAUCACUAUUUGUGUGAUGGAUUUGACGACCGGGGUUGGGGUUGCGGUUAUAGGACAUUACAGACAAUAUGUUCUUGGAUGAAUCACAAUCUUCAAAAGAAAUGCCCUGUACCGACUGUCAAAGAAAUACAGACAAUACUGGUUGAUAUGGAAGAUAAGCCAAAAUCUUUUUUGAAUUCAAGAGAAUGGAUUGGUAGUUUCGAGGUGUGUUUGGUAAUAGACAAGUUGUAUGAUGUGCCAUGUAAAAUUAUCCAUGUCAACCAAGGAGAUGCUUUAAAUAGCAUAGUAGAACAAUUAAAGACUCAUUUCCAAAGGUUUGGGUCUCCAGUAAUGAUGGGAGGAGAUGUAGACUGCUCGUCAAAAGGCAUAAUGGGAAUACAUGUAAAUGGAGACGACUCUAGAUUGUUAGUUGUUGAUCCACAUUACGUCGGUAAAGAGCAGACAAAAGAAUUCCUCCAUAAGAAAGGAUGGGUAAAAUGGCAGCCGCUGAAAGACUUUUUAUCAUCGUCUUUCUACAAUUUAUGCCUCCCACAAACCGGUGUCCAAUGUUCUAUGUAA